AUGGACUCUACCGCAUUGCCGCACACAACCACGCUCCGCGUGCCCUUCCCCAGUGCCCACCAGGCAACCAUCGCGAUGAAUGCGCUCCAAGUCGACCGCGACAUUUCGGGCGACAAAAUCCACCGCACAAUCCAAACCGAAGACUCAGCCCUUCUUGUAACCUUUCGCUCAAGCAACCUACGCACGCUCCGCGUAACUAUCAAUGGUUUCAUGGAUUCGCUCAUCCUGGUGAGCAAAACCCUAGAGGCAUUUUCCAAUUAA